AUGGCCUACUCGUCGCGAUACCCCUCCCUGGACAUCCCCCAAACGAAUAUCCUCGACUACAUCUUCCCAGCGAACGAAAAACCGUUGGAAGAGCCUCUUUGGCUUGAUAGCAAGGAUGACAAGCAUUCAUUAUCACCGAAGCAGGCUUUACAAUGGGUGAAGAGACUGGCGUUUGGCCUGGAGAGAUUAGGUCUGGAAAAGGGUGAAGUUGCCAUGAUAUACACACCAAACCACAUCUUUGUUCCAGUGGCAUAUUUGGGCAUCGUGGGUGCAGGUUUGAUAUUUAGCGGCGCAAACCCGGCUUAUACGGUUCCUGAACUCGUUCAUCAAAUGAAGAACACGACCGCCAAAGUGAUCCUGGCACAUCCUAACUUUCUCGAGACUGCCCUAGAGGCAGCGUCUAAGGCGGGCAUCCCGAAAUCCCGAGUCUUUCAGUUCUCAGAUGUCGAAAACCGAACACAUCAUGGAAUUCCGGACUGGCGCGCCAUGAUCGGCUCGCCAACUGAAGGAGACACGUACCAGUGGCCCGACUUUUCGCCAAAAGAAUCGCGGACUGCGGUUGCAACGAUCAACUACAGCUCUGGCACCACAGGUCUCCCCAAAGGAGUCUGUGUCUCGCAUAGCAACCUGAUCGCAAACGUGGAGCAGACCAUUUUCAUCCGGUAUGCGCACAAGCCGUACCCCUUCGAGAAGCGGCCACAGGAGCGGUGGAUUGGUUUCCUGCCCCUAUACCAUGCCUACGGCCAACUGUACACGAUUCUCAUGGCAGUGAAGCUGCGCGUACCCAUCUACGUCAUGAAAGAGUUCCGGUAUGAGGAUUUCCUUUUCACCAUCGGCCGAUACCGCAUCACAAGUUUGCAAAUAGCGCCACCGAUCCUGGUGAUGCUGUCCAAGAGGCCCGAAACGGCACGGUAUGAUCUCUCUAGCAUCAAGGACGUACUCUGCGGUGCCGCACCUUUGUCGCGUGAACUACAAAACGAGUGCCAGAGACGGUUCAAUAUGCAAAUUAACCAAGGUUGGGGUAUGACAGAGGUUACGUGCGGAGCACUGCACGUUCCUGGAGGCAUUAAAGACGACACUGGCAGCGUCGGGCGUUUGGAUCCUAACACCGAAUGCAAGCUUCUAGACGAUGAUGGCAAGGAGGUUGAGCUCGGACAGCCGGGCGAGAUGUAUAUCCGUGGGCCACAGGUCUGCCUUCGCUACUGGCGGAACGAGGAGGCAACAAAGGAGUGUUUAAGUGAUGAUGGAUGGUUAAAAACUGGCGACAUUGCCGUCUGUAAUAAGGAGGGCUUUUUCUGGAUUGUCGAUCGCAAGAAGGAGCUCAUCAAGGUCAAUGCUUUGCAGGUUGCUCCGGCGGAAUUAGAGGCGGUGCUCUUAGAGAACGAACACAUAGCGGAUGCAGCAGCCGUUGGUAUCACAAUAGACGGCGAAGAAUGGCCACGAGCAUAUGUGGUGAUUCAAGACGCUUCAAAAGGCAAAAUCACGCCUCAGGCUGUCCAGGAAUGGAUCAAGUCACGGGUCGCCAAACAUAAAUGGCUGGUCGGUGGCGUUGUAUUCAUUGACGAGGUUCCUAAGCUGGCGAGCGGUAAGAUUCAAAGAAAGACUAUGCGUGAUUGGGCAAAGAAAGAUGCCGCAGAGAUUGCGAAGAAGGGAUCCAAGGCAAGGCUAUAG